GUUCUUUGGACUCCAUAAUUUCUUUUUUUGCAUCCACUCUCACACUGGUGACAAUUUCAUUUUUCCAAAUUUUGGUGAUUUCAGAUUUUUUUGUUAAAGCAUCAUAUGAUUGAGGGCGGUGUUAAAAAAAUUGGACCGGUGGGUUGAACAGCUUACCCACUGGCUUUGAGUCAAACUAGUCCGGUCAGCAACUAGCUCAGUUGAUUUGGCCAAAUUAAAAAUUAGAAAGACAAAAAAAUGUGCAAAGGAAAUUUUACAUGUUCAAAUGUUCAAGCAAGGGUUAGGAACUUCAUAUCAUUCUAAAAACAACAGUUCGUUAUUAAGAAACUUUUUAAAUAUGAUUUCUAGAUGUGUUAGGAUGAGUCCUGAUUUGGGGAGUUGGACCAAUGACCUGCCGGUUCCAGUUUGACUCGGGCUGUUCUGGAUCGAACUGCCAAUUUUCUAAACACUGAUUGAGUUGUUUACAAUAACAUGGGAUGGAUUGCUUUCUUCUGUCGCAUAGAGGAUGGAAGAAAUCAGUGACAGGCCCCAUAUGGUUGGAGGACAUCCCCAUAUAGAAAUGGGAUCAUUACACGACAGAUCAGAACUUGAAUUUGAAGAUGAGAGCCUGGUUAGCCCAGUAGCAAUAAAUAGAAAGGCACGUAUUCUUGAUGCAGUUCCUGGGGGACCAUUUGCAGGGGUUUCACAACCCUGGACAGUCAAAAGAACAAGGGGUGGAUUGUUCUCGAGCAUAAGGACUGUAAUAUUUGGGACAAAAAUCAACUUACUACUGCCUUUUGGUCCUGCUGCCAUAUUGGUUCACUAUUUCAUUGGACAUACAGGAGUGGUUUUUCUUCUCAGCUUGAUAGGUAUAGUCCCAUUGGCUGAGCGUUUGGGUUAUGCUACUGAGCAGCUUGCUUUCUUCACCGGAUCUACAGUUGGUGGUCUCUUAAAUGCGACUUUUGGAAAUGCUACAGAGAUGAUAAUAUCACUUUAUGCUUUGAAGAAUGGGAUGAUACGUGUUGUCCAACAGUCCUUACUAGGGUCUAUAUUAUCUAAUAUGUUGCUUGUGCUUGGAUGUGCUUUCCUAUUCGGUGGAAUCAUGCACAGUAAGAAGGAUCAAGUUUUUAACAAGGCAGCUGCUGCAGUGAACUCGGGCUUGUUAUUAAUGGCUGUCAUGGGCUUGCUGUUUCCAGCUGUGCUCCACUUCACCCACACUGAGGUUCAUUUUGGGGAUUCAGAGUUGGCUCUCUCAAGAUUUAGCAGUUGUAUCAUGCUACUGGUAUAUGGCUGCUAUCUCAUUUUCCAGUUGAAGAGUCACUCGAAUCUUUAUGCACCAGUCAAUGAGGGAGGAAGCCCAACUGAGGGAGAUGCAGAAGAGGAUGAAGCUCCUGAGAUAAGUCAAUGGGAAGCAAUAAUGUGGCUAGCAGCUUUGACAAUUUGGGUUUCCUUUCUCUCGGGAUAUCUUGUGGAUACUAUAGAGGGAGCAUCCAAGUCAUGGAAUAUGCCUAUUGCUUUCAUUAGUGUUAUUCUACUUCCCAUUGUGGGGAAUGCUGCAGAGCAUGCAAGUGCCGUAAUGUUUGCAACUAAAGAUAAACUGGAUAUCUCAUUGGGAGUUGCAAUUGGAUCAUCUACACAAAUAUCAAUGUUCGUGAUCCCCUUCUGUGUGGUUGUGGGAUGGAUUAUGGGGCAGCCAAUGGACUUGAAUUUUCAAUUGUUUGAGACUGCCACUCUUUUUAUGACAGUCCUUGUUGUAGCUUUUCUACUGCAGGAAGGCACUUCCAACUACUUCAAAGGGCUGAUGCUCAUACUCUGCUAUGUUAUUGUUGCAGCUAGUUUCUUUGUGCAUGUUGAUCCAAAAGCAGGGGCUGACUAGGUUGUGGCUAAUGUGGGGACCUAGAAUUCUUUUACACAAAAGCAACAAAAACCAAACUCUUGCUGAGAAUACGGCCUCUGUAUAUUUAUUUAGGCCAUGAGAGCAGUUUUCCAGCAAGCCCUGCUACAGUCUAAUUCAUCUAACUGUUACUGCUGCUGUCUAACCAUUGCUGUCAUUCUUGGUCAAUGGAUGGCAAGAAAGGAACAAAAAGAAAAAAGAAGAGGUAAUUUAAGAGGAAGAGGAGCAGUAGUGGCUUUCUUUUGCCUGUGAGAUGUAGGUGUAUGGAAAGAAGGUUUUCUUUUCUGAUUUAUUUUUUUACCUUGUUAUUUUAUGUGAUUUUGGAAAUGAUAUAUAUGUCUGCUGUUCUAAGCCUGUAAUGCUUUUCAUGGUCUAGUAACAUCUACCUUUUUCAUUGAUAAGUAACUAGCAAUUAAAUAUUUCAUUGUAUAUGUUCUUGAGGUAAAUGAAACAUAAUUUGAAGAUUGUUUA